AAAAAGGAAAGGAAGAGGAGGAGCAACGAACCAUGGCAGCUAUGGUAGCCCUUUGCAGUGGGCUAGGAAGGAGAGCGUUAAAGCACUUCGUAACGGCUGCUGUCUGCCUCACAGAUUCUGGGGCUCAUGCAGUGCUGUGGAGAAGUUGUUCACAAUAUAAACAGGUAACCAGCAAUGAGGACCUGCCUGUUCCAAUGGAAAAUCCUUAUAAGGAGCCUCUGAAAAAAUGUAUCUUGUGUGGAAAACGUGUAGAUUAUAAGAAUGUACAGCUUUUAUCCCAGUUUAUUUCUCCAUUUACUGGAUGCAUUUAUGGAAGGCACAUAACAGGUCUUUGUGGGAAGAAACAAAAAGAAAUCACAAAAGCAAUUAAGAGAGCUCAAAUAAUGGGGUUUAUGCCAGUUACAUACAAGGAUCCUGCAUAUCUCAAAGACCCUAAAGUUUGUAACAUCAAAUACAGGGAAUAAAUUCUAUAAAGUUAUCAUCUAUAAAUUUAUUUUAUAGUUGUGUGGUA